CACUGGCUGGUCCCUUCCAUCCACCUCAUCCUCCCGUCCCCUCCCUCCCGGCAGCCCCAGCCCCGGCGAGCCGCCUCCAGCAGGGGCUCCGGAGAGCAGGUCGGCGGCCUGGGCAGGGCAGCCGAAGCCAUGGAAGCCUCCGCAGGUUGCUGAUCCGGGCCAGACAGCUGCAGCCGCGACUGCAGAGGCGCUGCGCCAAGCGGGGCCGGAGCGGUGCGAGCCGGCAGGCUGCGGAGCGCCGGUGGACACAGGGGUGGGAGCUGAAACCCAGGAGCCCUAAUAAUGGAAGGAGAAGAAAGCAUUAAUUGGAAGUCCAUCAUUUCAUGAACAGCGCAGAAUCAGAGAAUGUCGGAUUCAGAGACAGGAAGCCCCCAAGCCACACGCCAACGGGCGCUCUGGGAAGGUGACGUCGAGACUAGCCCAGCCUCACUUGGGGUUCCUGGUCCUGCUCCAGGAGUCCUCCAACCAGCAGCCCCCGCCAAGGAGGGAGGACUGUCCAGCGCAGGGUGGGGUCCGAGUAAGGGAUCGGAGGGCCUGGCCUGUAGCAUAGAGGACUCAGUGCUGCACUGGGGGUCAGGAGGCCCUGCCUCGAUGCCCAUGUGACCUUGGGUGAGGCCCUUGAGCUCUUGCUCCACAUUCAAUCAUCUGGAGAACACGGGGUCGGAUCUAUGAUUUCUGGCUGCCCCUGAGGCUCUGACGAUCGAUCAAGGUCUUAAGUCAGGUGGCAAGAGUGUGCUAACUUCGUUGGUGGAGGCAGCUGCAGCUAGCGCCUGGCCUACCAGGCCCUCGCUCAGUCCUGGGGUGUCCUGCCAGAGGGUGAGAGGAGGAGCCAUGCCAGGCAGCGGCCCCAACGAGAGGAUGACGUGGCCUGGUCCGGCCCUCCCCGCGGCACCCCCAACGCGCCCUCUCUCCUCAGCCCCGGGGACACCACCCAUCCCGCCCCUCACCCGGACCCGCAGCCUCAUGGCCAUGUCCCUGCCGGGCAGUAGACGGGCCUCUGCUGGAUCCCGCAGGCGCACCUCUCCGCCCGUGAGCGUGCGGGACGCCUACGGCACCUCCUCUCUCAGCAGCAGCAGCAACUCCGGCUCCUGCAAGGGCAGCGACAGCAGCCCCACGCCCAGACGCUCCAUGAAGUACACACUGUGCAGCGACAACCAUGGCGUCAAGCCCCCCACCCCGGAGCAGUACCUGACCCCCCUGCAGCAGAAGGAGGUGUGCAUCCGGCACCUGAAGGCCCGGCUGAAGGACACACAGGACCGGCUCCAGGACCGAGACACUGAGAUCGACGACCUCAAGAUGCAGCUGUCUCGCAUGCAGGAGGACUGGAUUGAGGAGGAGUGCCACCGCGUGGAGGCCCAGCUGGCCCUGAAGGAGGCUCGCAAGGAGAUCAAGCAGCUCAAGCAGGUCAUUGACACGGUCAAGAACAACCUGAUCGAUAAGGACAAAGGGCUGCAGAAGUACUUCGUGGACAUCAACAUCCAGAACAAGAAGCUGGAGACACUGCUGCACAGUAUGGAAGUGGCCCAGAAUGGCGCCACCAAGGAGGAUGGUGCCGGGGAGUCGGCUGGCGGGUCCCCCGCCCGCUCCCUCACCCGCAGCUCCACCUACACCAAGCUGAGCGACCCGGCUGUCUGCGGUGACCGCCCCCCCGGUGACCACCCUGGGGCCUCUGCCGAGGAUGGGGUCGACAGUGGCUUCGCCGUGACCGACGACACCCUGAGCCGGACGGACGUGCUGGAGGCCAGCAGCCUGCUGUCAUCAGGGGUGGACUGCGGCCCCGAGGAGGGCUCGCUGCACAGCAGCCUCAGCCUGGGUCCCCGCUUCCCUGCCAGCAACACCUAUGAGAAGCUGCUGUGUGGCCUGGAAGCCGGCGUGCAGGCCAGCUGCAUGCAGGAGCAAGCCAUCCAGACAGACUUCGUGCAGUACCAGCCGGACAUGGACACCAUCCUGGAGAAAGUGACCAAGGCCCAGGCCUGCGGGGCAAUCCCUGAUGCCGGGGACAGGUGCCCGGAGCUGGAGCCCCGCCCCCCGGGGCCCAAAGACCCUGACUUGGCGGUGGUUGUGACGGUGGGUGACGAGCUUGAGGCCCCGGAGCCUGUCACCCGAGGGCCGAGCCCACACCGGCCCAGUGCCAACCCCAGCCCCAGCCUGUCGGUGAGUGUGGCAUGCCCCGUGGAAGAGGAGGAGGAGGCGGCCGCGGCUGAGAAGGAGCCCAAGAGCUACUGGAGCCGCCACUACAUCGUGGAUCUGCUGGCUGUGGUGGUACCAGCUGUGCCCACGGUGGCCUGGCUCUGCCGCUCACAGCGGCGCCAGGGUCAGCCCAUCUACAACAUCAGCUCCCUGCUGCGGGGCUGCUGCACGGUGGCCUUGCACUCCAUCCGCAGGAUCAGCUGCCGCUCGCUGAGCCAGCAGGGCCCGGGCCAGGCGGGCGGCGGCUCCCAGCUGUGAGCAGUGCGCCACCUUCCCUCCCGCCCUCCUGGCCCCGGCCUGGCUCCGGCGGCCUGACCACUGAUUGUAGGGGUGCCGCUCUCCCUCCCACUCCUUCCCCGGGGCCUCCUCUUAUUUAUUUAGUUUUGGGUUUGGAAGUGGCUUUUUCAGGAAUUGAACAGUGUUGGGGGGCCGGGAGUCAGAGUUGGGGGAAGGCACCCCAAAACUGUGACAGGAGAAAAGGGAAGAGAGACCAAAGGUGGGGAGGCACACAGGUGGGACACGCUGCAGAGAGAGGAGGUGGGGAGGCCCCCCCAACCUGGCCCUGUCUGUCUGGACCUUCACUGCCCCUGCCCUGGAAAGUCUCUGGUGUGUUGGUCUGGGGAGGCUGGCCUGAGGCGCCCGUGGGAGCCUCCCCGCCCCUGCCCCGUCCCGUCCCCGUCCGGUCACCUGCCCACCCACGCCUUCUCUCAAGCCACCCCUUGCCCUCAGUCCUGCCUUCCAGGCCAGUAUUAUCUCCUCACGGGGAGGCAGCUGCCGCCCAGAGCACAGGCAACCGGCCCAGGACUCUGAGCAGGGUCGGCAACCCUGGGCCUGGGCUGCAGUUCCAGCACCUUCGGGCUGCUCCCUGCCUCGGGAUUCAGAACCGUGGUCAGGCCACAGGCGUGGGCCGGAGCAAAGGUGGCGACGGGCAAGAGGUAGCAGAGCACAGCGUGGGUUCUGUGUCUGUUUGUGCUAGACCUUCCCUGGGAUCCAUUCCCUUCUCGGCACUUCCAGCUGCGUCAGAUCACUGUUCCCGUGAGAGCUGGGGGAGG